CCGGGCGGGAGGGGACUGGGGAGCACGGGGCCAGGCGCAGCCCUGGGCGCAGAUCCAGGCCCCACCAUGGCCUUGCGGCGCGCACUGCGGCUGGCGGGGGCUGUGGGGCGGCGCGGGUGCUGCAGCCAGCGCCCGCUGCCCCCCGGCCUGCUGCAGGCCCUGCGUGCCGUGGCGGGGGACCCCAACGUCUCGGUGGCGGCGGCGGUGCGGCAGCAGCACGGGCAUGACGAGUCCAUGCACAGGUGCGCGCCCCCCGAUGCCGUGGUGUGGCCCCAUGACGUGGAGCAGCUGCAGGAGAUGGCGGCCCUCUGCCACCGGCACCGCGUGCCCAUGGUGCCCUUUGGCACUGGCACCGGCCUGGAGGGCGGUGUCAACGCCGUGCAGGGCGGCGUCUGCUUCGACCUGAGCCGCAUGGCCGCCAUCUCGGAGCUGAGCGUCGAGGACUUCUCGGUGGCGGUGGAGCCUGGCGUCACCCGCAAGGCCCUCAAUGCCUAUCUGCGUGGCACCGGGCUCUGGUUCCCCGUUGACCCUGGGGCGGACGCCUCGCUGUGCGGCAUGGCGGCCACGGGCGCCUCCGGCACCAACGCUGUGCGCUACGGCACCAUGCGGCCCAACGUGCUCAACCUGCGCGUGGUGCUGCCGGACGGCAGCCUGCUGCACACCGCCGGGCCUGGGCGCAGCGCCAGGAAGAGCGCGGCUGGCUACGACCUGACCUCCCUGUUCGUGGGAUCUGAGGGCACCCUGGGCUUCCUGACACAGGCGACGCUGCGCCUGCACCCCCUGCCUGAGGCUGUGGUCGCUGCUGCCUGCACCUUCCCCAGCGUGCGGGACGCCGUGGGCUGCACCGUGCAGGUGCUGCAGGCGGCCGUGCCCGUGGCACGUAUUGAGCUCCUGGACGAGGUGAUGGCGGGCGCCUGCAGCCGCUACAGCCGGCUGGAGCUGCCGGAGGCGGCCAUGCUCUUCCUGGAGCUGCACGGCUCCCAGCGCGGCCUGGCCGAGCAGCAGCAGCAGGCGGAGGAGCUGGUGCAGCUGCACGGUGGCUCUGUCCUGGCCUGGGCGCAGGCGGUGGAGGACCGUGAGCGGCUCUGGGCUGCGCGGCACAGCGCCUGGUUUGCCGCCCUGGCCCUGCGGCCCGGCUGCCAGGGCUACUCCACCGAUGUCUGCGUGCCCAUCUCCCGCCUGCCCGACGUCGUGCUGGAGACCCAGCGGGACCUGCGGGACUCCGGCCUCACCGGCCCCAUGGUGGGACACGUGGGCGAUGGCAACUUCCACUGCAUCCUUGUCUUCCGUGCCGACGACCCGGAUGAGGCACAGCGCGUGCACGACUUCGCCGAGCGCUUGGGCAGGCGGGCGCUGGCCGCGGGCGGCACCUGCACCGGGGAGCACGGCGUGGGGCUGGGCAAGCGGGCGCUGCUGCGCGAGGAGCUGGGUGCCGCGGGGCUGGAGGCCAUGCGCCGCAUCAAGGACGCGUUGGACCCCCUCCACCUGAUGAACCCCGGCAAGGUGCUGUGAGCACCCCGACCCACGGCAAGGGGCACCGCAUCCACCCGUCCUCCCACUUUUUGGGGACCUGGGGGGGGGGCUCUGGUACCCCCUCAGUGGUCCCCCGCUUCACCAAGAAUGCCAGUGAAAUAAAAUAACAGUGAAUAUUUUAUUGAA